AUGCCCGUUCUCCAACUCCCGCCCGUCCCAGCAGAGCUCAAGUCCAUCUCUCCCUUUCUCCAGCGCUCAGAUGAGCUCGCUGCCAAAGAUCCGGUCAUGGCUUACUGGUGCGCGUACCAUGCUGCACAGCUCGGCAUUGCCCUCAAACCAAAGGAACACCCAUCCCGGGAGUUCCUCUUUGCUCUCCUAGGCGUCCUCGAGCAGACGAAGAAGGACGCCGGCCCCAACGACGCCAUCGACGACGAGUCUGCGAGCAGUGCCUACAUCGAGAACUUCGCCCUCAAGGUCUUCGCAAUAGCCGAUAACGAGGAUCGCAGAGGGAAUGCCACCCGCGGCACAGCCAAAAAGUUCCUCGCCGCUGCCAACUUCCUCGAGCUCCUCAGCAUAUUUGACAAGGACAAGGCGGAUUCCGCAGAGUCCUCCAACGAUGAGAAGAUCCGGUACGCAAAGUGGAAGGCUGCUGACAUCGCCAAGGCCUUCCGCGAAGGCCGCAAGCCCACCCCUGGUCCUGCGGGUUCUGGUCAGCCCGAGACGGACGUUACUCCGGAGCUGCCAUCUUCUGUUUCCGAGUCGACACCCCCGCCGCCUGCUAUCACACGCGCGGCUGCUCCCCCACCACACAUCUCAGACUUGCCCUCUCCGCAGCAGGAUGGGUUCUUCCCGCAGGCGCCCCUGCUCGGUAAUAUCACUCAGUUGUCGCAACUCACAUCCCAUGGAAGUGCGGAGUCACCGAGCCCAGGAGGAUGGAGCACGGUCGCAACACCAGGGACGCCCGGUUUCUUAGGCACCGACGGAGGUGCAAGGAGAGCACAUGUGAGCGAGGAGCUAGAGGGACGCCCAGACGCGGAGGACCUGAUAGAAGGUGCGUCACCAUCGAAUUCAACGCCUAUCUUCGUUGGUCCCGGCCAGGACGACGCCGUGUCGAAGCAGGUACGCUUCUCGCCGUCCCUCAGCGCAGAAGCCCCGUCCCCGCGUGUGAACGGGGAGCAAGACCCGUUUGCUGCGUGCGCGGCCACGUCCAGCGUGCCCCCACAGUCGCCAUAUGCACCUCAUCCCGGCCCUUCUGCCCCGCCAGAUCCUGGGUUCCCAUCAACGUCUAUCGCCCCCGAGCGAGGCACCCCCCCGCUCGACCCAUUUCCGGCGGGUUUCAUUCCUUCGCCCCCCGUCUCUCCCCCUCGCACAUACGAGUCGUUACCUCCUCCAGUUAUCUACAGCUACCCGCCGCCUCAGAUCUCGCAGCAUAUGCCGGUGUCACCCCCGGUGCAGUACGCCCUUCCACCAGAGGCCGCCAUGGUUGCAGCCCCGCCAGUGGAGCUCAACCCCGUGCUGAUUGGGCGCGCGCAGAAGCACUGCAAGUUCGCGAUCUCAGCGUUGGAUUAUGAGGAUGUGGAGCAGGCGAAGAAGGAGUUGAGGGAGGCAUUGAAAAUGUUGGGCGGUUACUUUGGUAUAAUGCCUCCGAAGCGGUUGUCAUUCUCUCUGAAUCCUCAAUGGCCUCAUUACGUCUCGCUGACAUCGCUCGCGCUGGCGCUCUUCCUGGGACUCGUCCGGUAUCUGGUCAUCGACCGUCCCGAUCCCCUGCACUGCGACGCGCUCUUGACACAGGGUCGCUGGCUCGACGACAAGUUCAGAAACUGGCAGCCCGAUGGCUGCAUGAUGCACGUCUAUCAGUCCGCGGACGCCUCUGCGUGUAUUGGCUCGCGCCGUGUCGUGUUCAUCGGAGACUCCGUCACCCGCCAGCUUUUCUUCCAGAUGGCGCGCGUCGUCGACCCGAGCCUCCCCACCGCCCCCCCGGAUGACGAGCAGCGACAUAGGAACCACACCCUGACGUCGCGCUCAGGCAUUCAGCUGUCCUUCCUUUGGGAUCCUUACCUCAACGCGUCAAGCACCCACAGCUACCUCUCCGCCCCCAUGAUAGCCAGCCCCAGCGCAGGUCCCCUCUCAGAUCGUCCCGCCCUGCUCGUCCUCGGCUCUGGUCUUUGGUACCUGCGUUACCCCGACUCGGGCGGUCUCCCCGCAUGGGAGUCCAUGGUCGAGUCCACGCUCGCCGCGCUCUCGCGCGCGCGGACGCUUCCCGCCGACAAGGUCGUCGUCCUGCCCAUCGAGGACGUCGUCUCCGCGAAGCUCUCGCGCGAGCGCACCGCGUCGAUGCACGCGUCGGACAUCGACGCGAUGAACUCGGACCUGCACCACCGCAUCCGCCCGCCCGCCCUGAGCGACCCGUUCCGCUUCUUCCCCGACCCCAAGGCGCCGUCCGCCGCGCCCCCGCCUGUCGCGCUCCCGCUCGUGUUUAACCAUAUGCUCGACCCCUCCCAGACCGAGGACGGCCUCCACUUCUCCGACGCUGUGGUGGCGAUGCAGGCGAAUGUCCUGCUGAACCUGCGCUGCAACGAUGUCUUGCCGAAGAAGUUCCCCAUGGACAAGACGUGCUGCAGGAGGUAUCCGUGGCCGUCCCCUUUGCACUCCAUCGUACUCGCAGCAGCGGUCUUGUGGGGCCCAGUCUGUGUGAUGCUGUCGCGUCGGCUAGGCCCGCGAACACCUGAUCAGCCUUUGAUUUCAGACCAUGAGGUGCCUGCUGUGAUCGUCAGUGUCGCAGCAGCUCUCAUCUACUUGGCCGAUCGGACAGGCUUCUGGUUGAAGGAGCAGAAGCAAUUCAGCCCGUGGACUUUCGCUUUUUUGUCCCUGCUCAAUCUCGGUGUUGGAUUGUUUACUACCAAGCGCGCGGAGCAGGACCUUGGCUUUUUGAACCGAGAUCAGACGGAUGAGUGGAAGGGGUGGAUGCAGAUUGUUAUCCUCAUAUACCACUAUUUGGGUGCAUCGAAGAUAUCCGGGAUAUAUAACACAAUCCGUGUCCUUGUCGCUGCGUAUUUAUUCAUGACGGGAUACGGGCAUACCUCGUUUUACAUCAAAAAGGCCGACUUUGGUUUCUCGCGUAUUGCACAAGUCAUGGUUCGACUAAACUUGCUCCCUCUCCUGCUCGCUUAUACCAUGAAUACCGACUACAUCUCGUAUUAUUUUUCCCCGUUGGUGUCGCUAUGGUUCCUCAUCAUCUACGUGACUAUGGCAGUGGGCUCGCAAUACAACGACCGCACAAUAUUCCUGGUCAGCAAGUUCCUCGUUUCUAUGGGCCUUGUUACGUGGUUCAUGAGCGAACCGUCACUAUUGGAGACUGCCUUUCAAUUCUUAGAAAGGGUCUGCGGCAUCCACUGGUCUGCACGCGAGUGGGCGUUCCGGGUUAGCCUCGACCUCUGGAUCGUUUACUUUGGGAUGUUCACUGCGCUGGCGGUCAUCAAGAUUCGGGAGUACCGGCUGACCGACGACCCGCGAUGGCCGCUCGUCAUGAAAGGUUCCCUCGCAUUUUCCGUUGCCGCGAUGCUGUGGUUCUUCGCGUUCGAGCUGUCCCAGCCGGACAAGUUUGCGUACAACUACUGGCACCCGUACAUCUCCUUCCUCCCGAUCGGCGCGUUCGUCGCGCUGCGCAACGCGACGCCGAUCCUGCGCUCGGCGACCUCGCGCGCGUUCGCGUUUGUCGGCAAGUGCUCGCUCGAGACGUACAUCAUCCAGUACCACUUCUGGCUCGCGGGGGAUACGAAGGGCAUCCUGAUGGUGCUCCCCGGGGCGCGCUGGCGCGCGGUGAACGUGGUCAUCACGACGACGAUGUUCAUCUACGUCUCGCACCGCGUCGCGCAGGCCACGGGCGAGAUCACGAAGUGGAUAUGCGGCACGAUGAAGCCCCCGACGUUGCCCACGGUCGCAGACAACGCUGGUGCUGCGGGCAGCCGGCGGCAUGCGGCGCCGACCCAGCCCGCUGAGGAGGAGGGCCAGGAGGUAAUCUUCCUGGCGCCGCAGGAUGGCGAGCCGCGGAAGGACGACGACGGGAACGUCCUCCCGUCGGAGCCUCACACGCCCAGUCACCAGGGGUCGCAGCGUCGGUGGGUGGACCGCCUCGCGGAGGGGACGCCUGCCCACCCCACGUCGCCGGGCUUCAGAGUGUGGUACGGCGAGACGGAGUGGAAGCCUGGCGUGAAGACGAAGAUCGCGAUUGGGAUGGCGGUGAUGUGGUUGCUGAAUAUGAUGUGGCCGUACCGCUGA